AUGAGGUUACCUACAAAAGAAGAAAUCCAAAGAUAUUGGGUUAAUGAAGGAAAUAAACUUAUAUUAGUAAUAUUAUAUACACUUGGUAAUAUUGCUGCAUUUGUUUACACAUUUGUUCAUUAUUAUAAUAGUCCAGCAUUUGAAGUUGUUGGAUAUGGUGUAUGUUUUGCAAGAGGAUGUGCUCAAUUAUUAAAAUUAAAUUGUGCUUUAAUUUUAGUUCCAGUACUUAGAAAUUUAUUAUCAUUUUUAAGAGGAACUUUCUUAAAUAAUUAUGUACCAUUUGACAAGAAUAUUGUAUUUCAUAAAUUAAUAGCAUGGGUUAUUUGUUUUGCAACAUUUGGUCAUGUAAUGGCACAUUUUAAUAAUUUUAGAUUAUAUCAAGAUAUAACACCACAAGAAUAUAAAAGAAUACUUGGAAUUGAUUAUCCAAAUUUAACACCAAUUAAAUAUGCAUUCGCAACAUUAGCAGGAUGGACAGGACAUGUAGUUUGUAUUGUAAUGGUAUUAAUGUAUACAUCAGCAGUUGAAUCAAUUAGAAGACCAAUGUUUGAAGGAUUUUGGUAUACACAUCAUUUGUUUGUUGUAUUUUUUGGAUUAUUAGUUGUACAUGGAUUACAUAGUAUUUUAGAGCCAACAAGUUUUUGGAAAUGGGUUAUUGGACCAUGUGCAUUAUAUAUAGUUGAGAGAUUAAUUCGUUUAUUGCGUUCAAAAAAGACCACAAUGUUAAUUCAAGCUAGAAUUCAUCCAUCUCGUGUAAUUGAAGUACGUAUGAAAACAGAAAGAUUCAAAUAUAAACCAGGUCAAUAUUUAUUUUUAAAUUGUCCAACCAUUGCACAAAAUGAAUGGCAUCCAUUUACAAUCACAUCAGCACCCGAGGAGGAUUUCGUUAGUUGUCAUAUCAAUGUGGUUGGCAAUUGGACCGGCAAACUAUCGACACUUUUAAAUCCCGAUAAGAAAAUGGGUAUUGUUCAAGAGAAUGUUUUGAAAUCACCAGAUGGAAAACCAAUACUUAGAAUCGACGGUCCAUUUGGUGCUGCCUCUGAAGAAGUGUUCAAAUACAAACAAGUGAUUUUAGUUGGUGCAGGUAUUGGUGUGACUCCAUUCGCUUCAAUUUUGAAACAUAUCAAAUACCAAAUGGCUAGAACUUACAAUACAACUCCAUUAAUUGAUAAAGUUCACUUUUAUUGGAUUUGUCGUGAUCGUAAUUCCUUUGAAUGGUUUAGUGGUUUAAUUGGUGAAUUGGAAAUGGAAAAUCAUAAUAACUUUUUAGAAAUUCAUCCUUAUCUCACUGGUGCCUUAUCUGCCCAAGAAAUUAGAGAUGUUAUGUAUGGUGAUGAAGAAAAAGAUUUAAUCACUGGUUUUACAACUCCAACUCAAUUUGGUCGUCCAAAAUGGGAUGAAAUCUUUGCUGAUCAUGCCCUUCGUUAUGCUGAAAAAGAUGUUGGUGUAUUCUUUUGUGGUCCAAAACUUUUAUCAAAAUCACUCUAUAAAGCUUCAACUCAUUAUACAAAAACUACAACUUGUCGUUUCCACUAUAAUAAAGAAAACUUUUAA